CGAUAAUCGUUAUCGAUAAGAAAUUAUGCGAAACGCAUGUUUUGUAGAAGCGGCUUUAUAAUUUUUAAAUAUUCAUUUCAAAAAGCACUUAAAGCAUGGGUUCAUCAGGCGAGGAGACCAUAGUGUGCCUUCCGGGAGAGCGCCUCUGUAGAAUUGAAGACAACAUAGUCCUGGGAGUGGGGACGUACGAACAGAAUGGAUAUAUAUAUGCCUCCAAAUCAGGAAUUGUAAACAUUGAGGAAUCGGGAGAAAAUUGUCAGGUGGUGAACGUACACAAGCCGGGCUUCCAUCUAACAAUUCCAACCACCGGCGAUAUAGUUACUGCACGCGUCCUAGUUACCACUCCCAAGUUCGUCAAGUGUGCCAUAUUCUGUGUGCGGAAUGUACUUCUGGAGAACAGCUAUCGUGGACUCUUGCGAAAGGAGGAUGUACGGGAAACGGAGAAAGACCGUGUGGACAUAUACAAGUCAUUCAAGCCAGGUGAUGUGAUUCUCGCACGUGUCAUCAAUCAAAUGGAGCAGUCGUUUCUUUUGACCACGGCCGAGAAUGAGCUGGGCGUGGUAAUCGCCUACGCCAGCGAUGUCCGUAAGACCCGAGUUCCCAUGGUUCCUGUCGGAUGGAGUGAGAUGCAGUGCCCACUGACCACCAUCAAAGAGUCCCGAAAAGUUGCUAAAGUCCUGCCAGAAAGCACAAUAAAUUCAUAAAUCACAAUUGAAA